GUGAUCCAAGAAAGAAAAUGUCAUUUUGAUUUUAAAGACUUCAAGAUGAAUAUGGAGACAGAAGAAACAUCUUUCUUCCAUUCUUUAACAAGCCUUGUUGAUGAAGUCACCAUAAUGAUGGACAGAGUGAAGCUACAACUUGUGUUUGGGGAUAUUGCCCAAGAAAGUUCUGAUAUCAUUGUCAAUUCCACAUCUUUUAAUAACCCUCCCUUAGGUGUAUCCAAAGUUUUACUGACAGCAGCUGGAUCAGAAGUGGAACAAGAAUUUGAGAAUGCAUGCAAGCGUCAGAAAAACAAUAUGGUGAUAACUAAAGCAGGCAGCUUAAACUGCAAGAAUAUUGUUCACAUCUGCUGGGAAAAUAACUUAAGUGUAAUUGAAAAAAGAACAAAGGAAGUUAUUGAGCUGUGUGAAACUCUGUCAUUCAGAUCAGUCUCAUUUCCUGCAGUAUGUACUGGGGCAGGUGGUUUAAAGCCUAAUGCAGUGGCCAAAGCAAUGUUAGAUGGUAUUUCCGCUGCAGUGACAAAUCAAAAUGUCAAUACUGUCUCUGUGGUCAGGAUUGUCCUCUUUAAGAAAGAUAUUUUCGAGUCCUUCAAGUCAACUGUGGAGUCAUGCUAUGGAAACACAAAACGCAAUGAAGCUGCAAAAAAGAUGAAACUAAAGGAGAAGAAAAAAUUAAAAAUAGAAAAUUACUGCAAACCUUCAAUUGACAUCUUAUCACUCAUCCCAGAUGAAGAUGUGCCACCAGCUCUUUUUAAUGUGAUUGGGUGGCACUCAAAAAAUGUGAAAGAGGCCAAAGAUAAUCUAGAAUCUGUAUUCAAUACUGUCUACCAUGAAGAAAGCCUGCAAGAUGACAAUAUCUUCAGCCUUAGUGUUCAAGAUAUCCAAACGCUUUUGGAGACUGCAAAAAACAAAAGUGUUCAUGUUUCCGUUGAUCAGCAUGAUAAAAGCAGGCUAUUGUUAAAAGGUCUUCGAGAUGAUGUGAUAUACAUUGUCCAACAAGUUCAGCUACUUGUAAAUAGCUUAUUAAAAAGGGAGCUAGAAAAGCGAAACCAGGAACUGGUCAGAUGUGAUGUGCAAUGGUACUACCAUGAAAAGAACCAAUCCACACCUUUCACCUUGGAGACAAACUUCAUCCUAGAGGAAGCAUUCAGCAAUAAUUCUAUACAGGUUACGGUAACAGAUGAGUCUAUGAGAAUGUUCAAUAUUAACUUGAGGAAAAUGGUUGCAACUACUCCAGAUUCAUCAGAGGAAAUUGAAUUGAAAAGGAUUGAGAACAGUCUGGGCUCCAUAUUACAAAAAAAGAGAGUAGUGGUACAGAAAGACCAGAAUAGGAGGAAACAAGAUGAUUCUGGCACUGAGAGGUAUGAGCUAUGUGAAGAAAAUGAAGGAGCUGAACAGU